AUGCCUGCUUCUUCCUCUUCAGACACGCCAGGUCUAAACGUCAUAGCUCUCAUCUCUGGCGGGAAAGACUCUCUAUACUCUAUCCUGCACUGUCUUCGCAAUGGACACAACGUGGUCGCGUUAGGGAAUCUGCAUCCCGCGCCGAAGCAGCAGAAAUCCGCCAGUGGAGAUUGCCAGGAUGACAGCAAUGACAGUUCGCAAGCAGAGGGGGUAGAGGAGGAGGAGGAUGACAUCGACAGCUUCAUGUACCAAACCAUCGGUCAUAAUGUGAUUCCGCUGUAUGAGUCCGCAUUGGGGAUUCCGUUGUACAGGGCCCCCAUCACCGGCGGGGCGGUCGAUACCGCGAGAGUCUAUCGUGAGGAUGCGAUGGAUCAGAUGGCGGAAGGGGAAGACGAAGGGGAAGGGGAAGACGAGACCGAAUCCUUGAUCCCACUUCUUCGACGCAUCAAGCUCGCCCAUCCAGAAGCCAACGCCGUGUCAGCCGGCGCGAUCCUCUCGACGUACCAGCGCACGCGGAUCGAGAAUGUAGCGGCGCGAUUGGGCCUCGUGCCGCUGGCUUGGCUGUGGCAGUAUCCGAGUCUUCCUGCGCCGGGGGAGCGCGCGGAACUGUCGGCCAUGAUGCCGCAUGUGGCUGACGCGGGGCUGUUGGAGGAUAUGGCGGCUGUGGGGUGCGAGGCGAGAGUGAUCAAGGUGGCGUCGGGGGGUCUGGAUGAGGGGUUUCUGUGGGGGGAUGUUUCGUCAGCGGAUGGAGCGCUGCGGAGACGGAUUGCGAAGGGGAUGAAGAGGUUUGCGGACGCGGAGGAUAUUCGGGGUGCGGUGCUGGGGGAGGGUGGGGAGUAUGAGAGCCUGGCGUUGGAUGGGCCGGGGUUCUUGUGGAAGCAAAGGAUCGAGAUUCAGCAGAGGGAGGUGAGGUCCGGGGAUGGGGGUGUUGGGUUUAUGAGGUUGAAGGGAGCGAGGUGUGUGGAUAAGGAGGAGCAGGGGGAUGUGAAGCCGGAGGAUGUGAGGCGGCCGGCUUUGCUGGAUGAGGACUUCGCGGCAGCUUUGGAUGCCGUGUCGGCGGAGUCGUCGCUUGCUUCUACGAUGGAGAUGGCAGAUCAAACAGAAACGGGCCCUUGGGAGUGUCCUGGCGUGUCGCAGUCGACGAACCGGGGGACAUGGACGGUUUCCAACAUCACGGCGCCAGAGGCUGGUCCUGGUGCCGCUGAGCAGAUGGGUGCCAUUGCACAGAAGAUCCGGGAUAUCCUGGACUCUACCGUUCAUGAUACUGGGUCUGGUGCGCGAACAACGGCAGAUAUUGUCUUUACUACGGUGCUACUGCGGUCUAUGACUGAUUUCCCGUCGAUGAACGACAUCUACGUCUCACUGUUCAAGAAACCCAACCCCCCUGCUAGGGCCACCGUCGCUUGUGGCGACAGUCUCCCGGACGGAGUGAAGGUGAUGGUCUCGUUGGUGGUGGAUUUAGGAUCGCGAGAUCUGCGCCUGGGACUCCAUGUUCAAUCGCGGUCAUACUGGGCUCCCGCCAAUAUCGGACCGUAUUCGCAGGCCAUGUCGAUUCCCUGGCAAGGAGCAGAGCGACUGGUGUACAUUGCAGGUCAGAUUCCUCUGGAGCCGGCUUCGAUGGAACUCCCGAGUGCAUCUCCUAGACCAGAAUCAUCGUGGUUUGAGAACUACGUUUUGCGAGCUGUGCUGUCUUUGCAGCAUCUGUGGAGAAUCGGCAGCGCCAACCAGGUCGAUUGGUGGUUAGGAACCGUGGCCUUCCUAUCGGGAGCAGACGCGAUAGACAAAAAGGCGGCAGUCGCGUGGCACCUGUGGGAGACCAUGCAUAGUCGACGAGAAGAAGAGGACGACGAGGACGAGGAGUCAGCACUGGAUGCCUGGGACAUCAAGUACGGAGGCCGCGCACAUGAGCAGCAGAGUGCCGCAGCAACCACCACACUGCCUAACUUUUCGGUGGUGCAGUCAGACGUCCUGGUUCCUGCUUUUUUCGCCGUCCAGAUUGAGGAGUUGCCUCGCGGCAGUGACAUUGAAUGGCAAGGUCUGGGAUACCGGUGCGACGAAGUCAACUUGGCCAGGGAGGACACAGCUUUGGGGCGCAGAAUUGACGCCUCGUCGAAGGAGGGCAUGCGCUACACGGCCAUUGAAAUCGACCUGGACCAGUCGGGACCCAGCUUAGAGUCCAGCCUGCGGGGUGUCCUGAAGAUGAAUUCCGAGCGGCCAGGAAACAUCCACACCGUCGUAUACACUGCGCAACCGUUGCGCAGCGGUGUUUGGUCCGGACAGAUCGUCCCAUGCAAGUCGGUCUGGGGCCGACAAGGAAGACGACUGGCAGCGGGGAUACUUAUACAGAAAAGGUAA